AUGUACACAGCGAGAGGUGUGCCAACUGUCAUACUGCACGCGCGUGUUGGCGUACUCCGCCUAUCGAACUCAGCAUCUUCGAUCUCGGGUAUAAAGGGCGUGGAAGGGACUCAACGCAGUUGCAGUUCACUGACUGAACUUGUCUUCGGCGUGAAGAUGACUGACUGGAAAGGCCCUACAGAAGUCACUCGUGAUACUUUGUAUCUGGCGAAGGUUCUGCAUGCAUGCUUUGGUUGCGCGAUCUGGGAGUUCGCCUCCCAUCUUGAUUAUGAAUGGGACAUACUGAGAGGAAAGAGGCCAUUCCGAUGGACCAUAUGUCUUUACUCAGGAUGCAGGCUGUCCAUGCUUCUCGCUUUCACAUUUCUGAUCCUUAUCACCAAUGGCCUUGUCACCAGCAACUGCAGAGGUCCCUACACAGCUGCCAUGUUCUUUUCGUACUCCACUGUCUCCCUGGCUUCCCUUCUCAUCAUCCUUCGCAUUUCUGCAAUCUGGCAGAGACAGGUAUUGAUUAUGGUUGUGUCCUGUGUGGCAUGGCUUGGAGGCGUAGUUUUGAAUAUACGAGAUCUGACCCUGCUCCAGGCCACAUACAACGAGAGCUUCCAAUCGUGCAUCUCCUUCGAUGCAUCAAAAUUUGCACCCAACACCAUUGGGAUCCUCGGGACAGACACCUUGCUACUAGGCCUCGCACUGACUGGUCUCUUGCGCAUGAAGGAAGAGCGCCAGUAUGGAGUCGCUCGCUUUCUCUAUCAUCAGGGCAUCAUUUGGUUGGGUGUAGCAGUGCUUGUCGAAGUUCCCGUCGUCACGUUAUCUCUUCUGAACCUGAACGACCCUCUCAUCCUGAUGUUCCAACCAGUCGAGUUAGCGUCGCUCGGACUCUGUGCCACGCGCAUGUUCCGAGCCUUGACGAACUACUCCGUCGAGCCCCUCACUAGUAUCGCUCUGGAGAUUCGUCGGCCGAAACCGAUGCCAUCGAUCCCUGAAACACGUCCUGACGGAUGGCCACCAUCUUCGCUGGUAUGA